UCCUCAUCGUCGCGCAAGCGCAAGAGCAACCCUUGUUUGCGGAGUUUGGGAGGCUUCGAGCGCCGCCGCCUCUGCACUUCUUCUUCCUCCGACCUCGCCGCCGCCGCAGAAGCCGGGGGGGGGGGGGACUUCGCCGGCAUCGGCAUGUCGUCGCGGCUGUGCGUGAAGAACCUGCCCAAGGGCGCCGACGAGGGGCGGCUGCGGGAGGUGUUCUCGCGGAAGGGGGAGGUCACCGACGCCAAGGUCAUCCGCACCAAGGAUGGAAAGAGCAGGCAAUUUGCAUUCGUUGGUUUCAGAACUAACGAGGAGGCAGAGGAAGCACUCAAGUAUUUCAACAACACAUACAUCGACACUUGUAAGAUCACCUGCGAGGUUGCUCGUAAGAUUGGUGAUCCUGAAGCUCCUCGCCCUUGGAGCCGUCAUUCUUUAAAGAAGCCUGAAUAUAAUAGCAAAGACAAGACUAAGACUGGAGAUGUUAGUGCACCACUCAAAAGUUCCAAGGGCCAAAAAGUAUCUGAUGAUGUGGGAGGUUCUAAAGGCAGUGCCGCUAGUGAUCCCAAGUUCCAAGAGUUUCUUGAGGUUAUGCAGCCCCGCUCAAAAGCAAAGAUGUGGGCUAAUGAUACGAUGGGUACCCUUGAUGCUUCUGCCAAGGAUAGCAUGGUAGUUAGUGAAAAGCCUGAGAAACCUCAGAAGAAUGUUCCAGUUUCUGAGAAUGACUCAUCUUCUGGAGAUUCUUCUGAUGAGGAAAUGGCGAAUGAUCAGUCAGAAUCUGAUGAUUCCUCCUCAGAAGAGGCUUCAGAAGAGCUAAAAAUAGAAAGUAAACAAGGCAAAGAUAUGACAGAUAUGGACUUCUUUAAGAGUAAAAUCAAGAAAAAUUGGUCAGAUUCAGAAUCUGAUAGCGAAGAUUCUGGUGAUCAAUCGGACCACAGCACUGAUGAUGAAGACUCAUCUGAUGAAUCACACGAUGCAGAUGAAAAGGAUGAAAUAGCUCAUCAGAAGGAUAGUCUGAACUUGAAAAAAAAUGUAGAUAAGGAAAUGACUCUGGAAGGCUCUACUGUGCAAGAGGCGGGAAACUCUGACAACAAAGAGGUUGAAAAUCUUGACAGCCAACUAAAAGAAGAUGACAAUCAAGAAAAGGAAGAUGAAGAAGCUGCUUUAAUUACUGACGAGAAGAAGUUGGCACUGGAGACUGGCCGUUUAUUUUUCUGCAAUCUUCCAUAUGCAACUACUGAAGGUGAUUUAGUGGAGCUGUGUAGCCAAUAUGGUGAUGUUGAUCAAGCACGUAUUGUCGUUGAUAAAACCACAAAGCUAUCAACUGGAAGAGGUUAUGUGCUCUUUAGCCUUCCAGACUCAGCAGUCAGGGCACUUGAAUUGGACAACUCAAGUUUUCAGGGGCGACUUUUGCGUGUUAAGGCUGCUAAGCCACUAAAUAAUAAAAAGAUUGAAUCUAGUUACGAAGAGAAGAAAAUGAGUCUCAAACAACAAAAGUUGGAUCAGAGGAAAGCUUCUGAAAUCAGUGGGGAUACGAGAGCUUGGAACAGCUUUUAUAUGCGCCAAGAUACUGUUGCUGAAAACAUAGCAAGGAAGAAUGGAAUCAGUAAAAGUGAAUUACUUGAUAGAGAAGCAGAUGACCUUGCUGUUCGUAUUGCUCUUGGUGAGACACAUGUCAUUGCAGAGACCAAGAAAUAUUUAUCAAGGUCUGGAGUUAAUGUUGCUGCACUGGAAGAGCUUGCUUCCAAAAGAAAUGAGAAGUUUAAAAGAAGCAACCAUGUGAUAUUGGUAAAGAACUUGCCAUAUAGUUCUUGUGAGGAAGAUCUUGCCACAAUGUUUCGCAAACAUGGAAGCCUGGAUAAAAUCAUCCUCCCUCCAACCAGAGUGUUUGCCUUGGUAGUUUUUGUUGAAGCGACAGAAGCUCGGCAUGCUUUCAAAAAGUUACUGUACACAAGAUACAAGGAUACUCCACUGUAUUUGGAGUGGGCACCUGAAAAUAUUUUAUCUCCCACCUCAGCACCUGUGGAAGAUGAUGAGAAGGAUGUUGUUGGUGACAGGAUUGUUACUAAAGCAAUUGUAGAGCAAACUGUGGAAGGAGUGAGUGCUGAAGAGAUUGAUCCUGACAGGGUGGAGUCGCGAUCUGUAUUUGUCAAGAAUUUGAAUUUCAAGACAUCGGAUGAAUCCUUGAAGCAGCAUUUCAGCACAAAAUUGAAGAGUGGAAGUCUUAAAAGUGCAACGGUUAAGAAGCACAUUAAGAAUGGCAAGAAUGUUUCGAUGGGAUUUGGCUUUGUUGAGUUCGACUCAGUUGAAACUGCAACCAGUGUCUGCAAGGAUCUACAGGGAACGGUUUUGGAUGGACAUGCUUUGAUCUUGCAACUGUGUCAUGGGAGAAAAGAUGGUCAGACUAAGAAAAAUGAAAAGGAUAAGAGUUCAACAAAACUCCUCGUGCGGAAUGUAGCAUUUGAAGCAACUGAAAAGGACUUGCGGCAAUUAUUUAGCCCAUUUGGCCAGAUCAAAAGCCUCAGACUGCCUAUGAAGUUUGGGAGUCACAGGGGUUUCGCAUUUGUUGAAUUCGUCACAAAGCAAGAGGCGCAGAACGCUCUCCAAGCACUUGCGAGCACUCAUCUCUACGGGCGACAUUUGGUGAUCGAGCGAGCUAAGGAAGGAGAGACUCUUGAAGAACUACGAGCGAGGACCGCUGCUCAGUUUGUUGAUGAACAGAGUGGUUUCCAGAGGCUAUCCAAGAAGAGAAAGCAAACCAGCCUUGUGGACGAAGGCUCUGUUAAGUUUUCAAGGAUAGUAGAAUAGUGUUGUGUGUGGAUCGCGAGGUAACAAAAUUUUGAUCGUGUUGUAGUAGUAUUAUUGUAGAAUGAUAAUCAUUCGUAUAAGGUAAUGCAAUGCAAGUGCGUCCUAGAUACCACUUAGAAGUUCAACUGAUUCAGUUGUUAAUGAAGUGAUGCCACAAAUCAGGCGUUCAAGAUUCAAA